CUAUCAUAUGUUAGGGGAGAGGCAAACCGCUACAGUCGGACAAGAGUUGUCAGGAGUGGGCUCUAGUGAAGAGAGUAAAAGAGGGGCGAGGAAGAACACAUGAGUGCAAUGCCGAAUAAAACGAAAAAAGAUAAGGAAUCACCAAAGUCUGGAAAAGUUGGCAAAACGGGCGGUCAAGAGAAUGCCGAACACGAGGGUUCCAACAGGAAAGGCAGCAACAGCGUCCCACCUCCCACCCAGCUGCUGAAGGGGAAGCAGAGCGGAUCCCAGACGCCCGUCAAGAAGGACAAGCGCCCCAGCUCGUCCAGAUUCAGUCUCAGCAACAACCGGGAGCUGCAGAAACUUCCCGCCUUCAAAGAUGUGCCCCCAGCGGAGCAGGAAAAACUGUUUAUCCAGAAGCUGCGGCAGUGCUGUGUGCUCUUCGACUUUGUGUCCGACCCGCUCAGCGACCUCAAAUGGAAGGAGGUCAAGCGGGCGGCGCUCAGCGAGAUGGUGGAGUACAUCACCCACAACCGCAACGUCAUCACCGAGCCCAUCUACCCAGAGGUGGUGCACAUGUUUGCCGUGAACAUGUUCAGGACGCUACCCCCUUCCUCAAACCCGACAGGGGCGGAGUUUGACCCGGAGGAGGACGAGCCCACGUUAGAAGCAGCGUGGCCACACCUUCAGCUGGUGUAUGAAUUCUUCCUGCGUUUCUUGGAGUCCCCAGACUUCCAACCCAACAUAGCCAAGAAGUACAUUGAUCAGAAAUUUGUGAUGCAGCUGCUGGAGCUGUUUGACAGUGAGGACCCCAGAGAAAGAGACUUCCUGAAAACCACGUUGCACCGCAUUUACGGCAAGUUCCUGGGCCUGCGAGCCUACAUCAGGAAACAGAUCAAUAAUAUAUUUUAUAGGUUCAUAUAUGAAACAGAACAUCACAAUGGAAUAGCAGAAUUAUUGGAAAUUUUAGGAAGCAUUAUCAAUGGCUUUGCCUUGCCUCUGAAAGAGGAACACAAAAUAUUCCUGUUGAAAGUGCUGCUGCCUUUACACAAAGUCAAGUCCCUCAGCGUUUACCACCCACAGCUGGCCUACUGUGUGGUCCAGUUUCUGGAGAAGGACAGCACUCUCACAGAGCCGGUGGUGAUGGCGUUGCUGAAGUACUGGCCCAAGACGCACAGCCCCAAGGAGGUGAUGUUCCUCAACGAGCUGGAGGAGAUCCUGGACGUCAUCGAGCCCUCGGAGUUCGUCAAGGUCAUGGAGCCGCUCUUCAGACAGCUGGCCAAGUGUGUGUCCAGCCCCCACUUCCAGGUGGCUGAGAGGGCCCUGUACUACUGGAACAAUGAGUACAUCAUGAGCUUGAUCAGUGACAACGCAGCCAGGAUACUGCCCAUCAUGUUCCCCUCCCUCUACCGCAACUCCAAGACCCACUGGAACAAAACGAUUCACGGGCUCAUCUACAAUGCUCUGAAGCUCUUCAUGGAGAUGAACCAGAAGCUGUUUGAUGACUGCACCCAGCAGUUCAGGGCGGAGAAGAACAAAGAGAAGAUGAAAUGGAAGGAACGCGAGGAGGCCUGGAUAAAGAUUGAGAAUCUGGCCAAGUCAAAUCCACAGUUUCAGACGUACGUGGACCCGUCCGGUCUGGGCAGCCCGAUGGACAUGGAGACGGACGGGCCUCUGCUGGACGAUGUCAACAUGCUGAGGAAGAACGUGGAGGAGGGGGCCACACAGCCCCACGAGCCCCGUAAGGAGCGUCCCCUGGUGCGACGCAAGUCGGAGCUGCCUCAGGAUGUGUCCACCGUCAGAGCCCUGGAGACGUACCGCCGUGCCGAAGAGGUCCUCACCCCCGCUGAUGCCCACUAGAGGACCACACACACACACACACACAUACGUCCCCAACACAGGACAAGUUAGGUCUAGGAGUCCAUUAACCCUCCAACUCCAUACACACACACAUGCAGAGGCCAGGGGGUCCUCUGGCCGUCGUCUAAGAGCCCAGCCCACUCUACUGACCCCCACCCCGCCCGUCUGUCUCUUUUAUCUCUCUCUCUUGCUCCCUCUUGCUCUUUCUCUCUCUCUCUCCCUCUGUUCUCAGGUCUUUAACCCCCCACCCACCCCUGGCUUCACAGCAGCAUCGCUACGUGCCUGUCCACCACUGACGGUCGAUCAGACUGCGUCUCUUAGCAAACCCGAAAAGUGGCAACAAUGAGAAAGGUGCCUGGCAUGGGCUGCCGUCAUGGACUUGAGUAGAAAAAACGACGUGUGUGUGUAGAUGUGUGUGUGUGUGUGUGCGCGCAACAGAGUGGACUUCGGAAGGACAUGGGCAAGGAGAAGCCCCUCCUCAUGCCUCUUGACCCAUGAACUUUGACCUUUGAGGGGUAGUGGGGUCAGCCGCUAAGGCUGUGAGCUCUGUGCCUGUGAUGGCUCACAACUGUAUGUAUGUAUGUAUGUAUGUAUGUAUGUUUGUUUCUUUUUUAACUGUUGGUUUGAUUUGGCAAUGGGGACUGUCAGCCAAAACGUGUGUUAUGUCACACAAAAGAUACUAUUAUUAUAAUAAUUAUUAUUACUAUUAAAAGUUUCUUUUUAAAAAAAAGAAAAAAAACAUGCUGACCUAUUAGAAUGUGGUGAAGGCAGAAUUGGACUACUCUUCUGUAGAAACAUAGAUUUGUGCCAACUUGAGUCUAUUUUCUUUACUCUUUUUUUUUAUUUCUAUUUUAAUGCUGUAUAAUACUGUUGGCAAUACCUUCACCCCCUGGCACGGCUUGGUGGUUCAAACAAUGGUCUACAAGCCGGCAUCAUAAUGGAACAACUUCUUCAGUGUUUGGUUUUGUUAAAACAUAGCAAAGCUUUUUUACACACACACACACACACACAAAUCCUCCCAUUCUUCAGUAAGGAGCUGGACGCUCGAGUAAGCAGGUCUGUUAUUCUGCAGAAUUGGCCCUUUUUUCUCUGCCCCACACACUCACCUGAUAAAAUGCAAAAUGCGCACGCUCCAACUCUACACCUCUCUUUCUCUCUCUUCCCCCUCUCACACAGUCUCCCUCCAUCUCCCCUCCCCCUUGAGUCGUGUGCAUGUGAAUUUCCAGAGCAGCCGUGUCGGCUGGUCCUCCAGCAGCGUUCCUCUGCGGUGUGCGCCGGCGUCUCUGCCCAGAUAUGGGCCCUCGUGCCUGGGGCCCCCAGGGCCAGUUGGCUCCCGUCCUCCUGCUUCUCCGGGGGGCAGUACGGCCCACAAACGGAGCUUUUCAUUCGGAAGCCUUUGCUCAAGCGGAUAAGCACAGAGGGCCACCUGCGGCCUCACGCCACACUCCUCACAGUGGCAUGGGACAAACCUCAGCCUCUGGAGAGCUGAAGGGAAAGACGCAUCUGUGUCUAGUGUGUGUGUGUGUGUGCAUACCUCAUCAUCUGCUGCUUAUUUGAUUUGGCUUAAGAAAAAACGUAUUGCCACCCCUGACAACUUUCAGCACAUCCGCAACGAACCCCUCACCCCCUCCUUUAUUUAAAAAAAAAAUAAAGUCAAAUAAUUUUAACAGUAAUUUUAUCCUGACCUGCCACAGAGAGAUGGGUUUUCAGACAGCAUGAUGUCUUUUUUUACGUUGAUUCAGUGAAGGCAGCGGCGUCUCAUCAGUGCAGACAGCAUGGACUACCAUCAAACAUCCCUAACUACCCGGACACUAGUGGAGGUGAAAUGACCAGACUUAGUGUAUGCCUAAACGGAAAGGCAAGAGCGCCCCUGUGUGGCCACAGAUGGAAGCACUGGACCAACCGCUGGUCAGGUGAGGCUACUCACCUGUAGGAGGCUGGUAGAUGGUAGAUAGCCAAAGAGGUCACUGAACAUCCAACGAGCCCUUUUAUAUCGACUUAAACACCUAGAUGAUGGAUGUGACGUGUGUGUGUCUGUGUGUGUGUUUUGGGGGGUGGAUUCGGCCUCUCACAGUAUCCACCUCUCUUUGUGUGUGAGUUUGUGAAUCUGUCUGUGUCGUUUCUGUGGGUGAGUCCUCAUCCUUCCUCCCACUCUUCAGUGUUUGGUUCCCUGGAACUUGGGACCAUUGUUUGAUUCCUCAGUUCUCAUGGUUCCCCUGAGCUGGGGACCGUUGUUUGAACCUCUACGUCGUGUCCCAGGCUGGUGUUCUGCUGAAGCUGGUGUUUUGGGUGUCCUUCCUGUCUGUGAAGUGUGUCAAGAUGCUUGCAAGUUUGUUUUAUUUUUUUUCUUCUUUUGCCUGCGAAAGCUUGUCCAUGUUUGAAUGUGCAAACUGUAAAUAGAAACUAUCCAUGAUCACAUUUUCAGUUUAUUUUUGUUGGUUUUGCUUUACUUUUCUUUUUUUUCUUUUGCUUUUUAUUAUGGAAGAAUAGCACUCACCAAUACUUUUUCAUUGACUGAUGUCCCUUGUAGUCGGACAAGAGUAGUGUGUCUAAGGAUAGGUCUGUUUACAUGCGUUUAGCAUCUCCUCUGCUCUCUUCCGAAUGCUUUUUGACUCAUGAAGGGUUCUCACAGCCUCUAACUAGGACUCCAUUGUAAUUUCAUGCCACCAUGUUUGGUGACUGUUGUUCUUCAUUUACAUGGCUUUAAUUCUUAACCUCCUGAGGCUUUUAAUUUAAUAUAUUUUUCUUUACAAAAUAUUGCAAAGUGUCCUUUAGUAUGCGUCUUGUACUAAAUGGCUUCAUAUAUUGUAUAUAUAAUGGACUUUUAUUUUAUGCUGUUCUAUCUAUAAUAAAUGGUAGAUUUCAUAUUUUGUACAAAACAAAAAAAACUGUGUACAGAAUCAAAAGGUUAUCAGCAACUGCAGUCAGUUGGGUUGUCACAGACUUCUAUACAUGUAACUUUUUUGCAUUAGAUCUGUUUAGAAUUUGAAUUCUAACAUUUUUUUAUGGAUUUGUAAUUGGAGACAUUUUGGUUUCAGCAUUUGGAGCGUCUGUGAUGCGAGCCCGUAUUCAUUAGCCUCGUGUGUUUACUCUACUCUUCUCUUCUCCCAGCGUCUCAAGUGGUGUAUAUCUCUAUAUACAGGAAAUAAAGCAAACGUGAGUUUUAUAUUUUCA